AUCGAGAAGAGCCCAGGGAUCUUGUCAUUGACCAUUCCUGGAAUAGCUUCAUCAAAGAGAAUUCUGCCUUUGGGUUUAGUCCUGUGAGUCACAUGCAAGGAAUUGUACUGCCUCCUGAAGGAAUUAUAGAUAUCCCAGUAUUAUUUUUGCCCCAAAUUAUGAAGUUACACAAAACACUGGCCAUUGUUCAGAUGAUGAAAGUAAAUAGAGAAAAUUGGCCUAUUGACAAUUUUGAUGAAUUGGAUACAGAGACUAAAAGAACUAUGGGAAUAGAGAGAGGAGAAAUUCAAAAAAUACCCUGGAUAUACCCUAUUCUUGGGCUCCCACAGGCGCCACAUCCUAAAUCUCCUGAAGUUGUCAUUACAUGUCAGUCCAAGAAGCGAGUAGAAGAGAAGGUGGAAGUCAUGCUGACUGGUGAUUUUUUUGGAGAAAAUCCAACUCCAGAAGAGACAGAUUUUUUAGUGAUUCCAAAAAGAAGUUCAGAUAUUUCUUAUGAAGAUUUACAUGAUAAACCUAAAAAUUGUGAAUUUGAAUAUGAAAUUCAAUUUGAAUCUGAAGUUAUGAAGUCUAACUUGGAAUCCUGUGUGGCUUUAUAUUUGAUCAAAAAAAGUUAUAAUGUCCAUGCUGAAAUAAUAUCGUUGGUCUUCAAUCUGGUAUUUACACCAAAGAAACCAUUGUGGUCUCAUGUUACACUGAAAAUAGACUGCAUAACAUAUGGGAUCUGGAGGUUUCCCAUAACGUUGGUUGCUACUGAGCCUGAUGUAGAUGAUGUCAUGGACAUUGAAGGAGUUGGUUUAUUUAAGGAAUCUGUUAUUGACUUUAGGCUGACAAGUCAGACAAGAAAUUCUGAGCCAUUCACCGCAUACUUCCUGCCUGGCAGUGAUCCAGAGUUUUUUGUAAGACCUCAGGUUGGAGAACUUCUUCCUUUUGACACUGACGGAACUCUCAUCAUUGUAGGAUUCAAACCCCAAAUGUACAGUAGAAUAUACAAAGGAACGUUAGUAAUACAGACGGAGCAUAUGUACUGGUCGUAUGAUAUCAAUGGAUUACCUCUAGCAACCACGCCAUUGAAGGCUGUAAAAGCAAAAAUUGAUGCUAGUAACAAGAAAUAUGACAGCGUGCCAAUUCGUCGGCGCAAUUUCAUCUGUGAAAAUGCAAAACUCAUAAGAACAAGGGUGUCUUCUACAAUUAAGGGUGCUCCUUUGAUGAGAAAGAAAAAAUAA